AUGCGGGCAAUGCAGGACGAGUUGAGGACGUUGAGGCAGGCUGCCUCUGCUGCUGGUGCCCCUACAGGCGCUACUUCUGGCACUGCUCCUAUUGCAUAUGGUCCUGUCAGCGGUGUUUCUCUCAUGCAGUGGGUUGGCAUGAAGCUAGACAGUUUUGACGGCAGUGGUACUCCGGUUCAUGCUGCUGAUUGGCUGUCGUAUGUGGAGGACAAGAUGGAGGCUUUUGAUGUGUUGGCUCACGAUCGUGUUCGUUACGGGGUACAACUGCUGAAAGGGGAGGCUCAAAUAUGGUGGAAGGGUGUGCAGUCAGCUCGCACAGCUGCACAUGGCCCGUUGUUCUGGCACGAGUUUGUCAGGCAGUUUGAGAGGAGGAUCUACCCGGUGACUUUCCUAGAUAGGAUGAAGAUUGAUCUGAAUGCCUAUAUGCAGGAUAAGAAGUCAGAUGCGAAGUAUGAAGUGGGCUUCAAUCAGAUUGUCCGCUUCAUCCCACACGUGGCGCAUGAUGAGGUAGAGAAGGCAAAACACUUUCGUCAAGGUUUUAAGCAUUCGAUCCGCCAAGUGUUGGGUGCUUUUCCAGUGGUUGACUUCUGCACUACAGUGGAACAGGCUUUAGGUGUGGAGAUGCAGCAGGUGUACACUGCUGACGUGCAGAAGUCUUCAGGUGAUGAGCAGUCUCGCGGUCAGAGCGAUAGGAAGGGCCAUUCUGGUGGCCCUAUUCACAAGAAGGGGAAGUUCCAGCGUCACCAGCCAUACCGCGGCAAGUCUUCUCAUUCCAGUGCUUUAGGAGGGAGCGCACCUCAGUACCGGGCUGUUCCCAAGCCUGGCAUGGGGCUGGUGUGCUUUCGGUGUGGCGACACGCACCGUCGUGUGAAGUGUCAAUGGACCGGCAGGUGUUCUAUCUGUGGCAUGGAUCACAAGGACGUGGUCUGUAGGAAGAAUCCCAAUGGGAAGGUGCGUUGGGAGCCAGUGUCUUCUUCUUCAGCUUCACAUUCUAGUAGCACCGUCCAGAUGAUGUGA